GCAUUCCAACAACUGCAAUACAAUACAAAUGAUUCGAAUAGUUGAGGAACAUUAGCGUGUAACAGGGAACUAAAUAUGUUUUUUUUUAACUGUUGAUAACAUUCCUUUCAUGUUCUCGAAUACAGUGAACUGGUCAGUUGCAUUUCAACAAGAACUUUUCGCAGCACCGCUUUGGCAGCAUCAGCGUUUUGAUUAGGUUCGCUCCGAUGUGAAGUGAAUAAUUAGUUGUCCUCGAGAGAGUACUUGGAUAGGGGAUACUUUCAUCAUCAUCUUCUUUCAAUUAAUGAUCUCAAAUUCACUGUUGCAUUGUGUUGCCAUUAUCUGAGAGCUAAGGACAUAAAUCAAGUCAGGAUGCCAGUAAGUCGUCCGGCAAGUCGUCGAAGUUCGGUUCGUGGAUUCUAUGAUCGCUUUGAUACUCGACGAGAACGCAGAUAUCAACGCUUUGGUGUGGGAUUUGGGCGUGGCACUUUCGACAAUUUCACUGGGAUAGACGGAGCUAUGGUGCUGGAGGAAGAUAACCCCAUCGGAAAUGGAGCGACAUAUUACGAUACUGAAGGAGCGGCGACGGCAACUGCCGUCUCCCCGACACCAGACCCCAUGUCGACCCAUGAUGAUGGCUCAGAGGUGUCUGCAGUGUGCGGAUAUGAGGCUCAGUUCGAGACUCCACUGGAUAAGAAGUAUGUAUGUCCGGUCUGUCUGUCAGCUCUUCGUGAUCCGUUACAGACUAAAUGUGGGCACAGAUUCUGCAAAGUAUGCUUGACGCUAGCAAGUGGCCCGGGAAACGUUGCUAAAUGUCCUCUGGAUAAACUCUUCUUUGAUGUCCGCAGUGAAGUGUUUGAAGACGUUGCCAUGAAGAGAGAAGUAUUAUCAUUAUUAGUCCUCUGCACCAAUUUGGACUGUGAAUGGAAGGGAGAGCUUCGGUUAUUAGAGGAGCACACCGAUGAUUGUCCCCAUUUGCUGAUACUGUGUUCUAACGGAUGCCUCACACAUCACAAGAGAAUGGAUGCAGAUGAGCACCAUAAUAACUGCCCUGCAAGGCUGUUAGAAUGUACAUUCUGUCAGCAAAGCGUAGCAUAUAAAUCUCUCAAUCAACAUCAACUCCUUCUGUGUCCCAGGUAUGCUAUAGACGGCCCUCUGUGUGGGAAGGUCGGCAUAAUACGAGAGGACAUGCCCAAGCACACGGAUCAUAAAGAUGGAGACUGUCCUAAGUCCAUGGUUCCAUGCAAGUUUGGCGCUAUGGGAUGCCAUGUUCAGGUAAGACGAUGUGAUCUUCAACUCCAUAGCCAGGAAUCACAAGGUCUCCACCUAGAUCUCGUGUUAGUUCACUACACCACACAGACCGAGCAUGUCCAGGAACAGGCAUGCACUAUACACGAGCUGCAGGAGACCUGCUCCAGACUGGUCGGACAGAAUGCAGAUGCUGACAGGAAAAUAAGAGAGCUCUCUGGAGAUGUCAGCAGUUUAAGAAACGAACUUUCACUGGCAACGAACACCAAUUACACAGGCCACCUUCAAUGGAAGGUCCAGAUAUCUUCCCGUGACUUCACUGCACCUGUCCUGAGCCCACCCUUCUACACCUCUCCAGUUGGUUACAAGCUCCGCCUCUGCCUUGAAUUGAGAGGUCACGUGACGCGUUCAGACUCCUAUACUUCCAUCUUUAUCAUGCUGUGCAAAGGGGAGCACGACAGGAACCUGUAUUUCCCAUUCAGUGCUGUCUGUAGCCUGACUCUGUUCGACCAAUCGGACUGCGAAAAUCACCUGAAUACCACCAUCACCUGUCAGAAGAUGCCACGCCCUCAUGAGGUAUCGAGCACCAUGCAACGUCGUGGAAGGCUACAGUUCAUGAAGACGGAUACUCUGAUCAAUGGUCGAUUCUGCAAGACUGGGACACUCUUCUUCCAGGCUCGUGUGAACACCCUCCCUACAGCCCAUACCACAUAGCAAAUUAAAGAUCAGCCAAGCUGUUUGGUACAUGUCGGUGUCUUCCAGGCUCGUGUGAACACCCUCCUAUAUCAUAUACCACAUAGCAAACCAAAGAUUAGCCCAGCUGUUUGGUACAUGUCAGUGGCAUCUCGGAUGGUUGACGCGUUGGCAUGUAAAGAUUUGAUUCUGAAUGUUGAAUCCGAGAACUGUAGUCAUUAAGGUCUUUUCAAAUCAUAUCUAAUAAUGUGUCUCGAUUUUUACAAUGUCAAUAAAUAUGAGAAAAGGGUUUAUUCUUAUAAAAGUCACAUAAAUGUUUUUAUAUAUAGUUGCUUAUACAUGUAUCUAUGUUUAUUAAAUGUAAACGUGUCUUUAGGUUUAAAAAAAUAGUAUUUAUUAAUGUUUGUAUGAAGGUCUUGUUACUUUAUGUUUCUUUCAUGUUAAAAUACACUGAGGUUCUGAUACGGGUCGGGAAAGGAUUAUUGAUUACUAAGAAACUUGUAUUCAGUUAUCAACGUCAUAAUAUCUUUCAAAAAACAUAUCGCCUCUCUAAAACUUAUAUUGUGUAUUCUGUAGAAAACAUAUUAUAUAUUCCCCGUUUGAGUACAACUCAAUAGUAUGCCAUGCAUUUAAUCAACAUGUUUAAGACCCUUAAAUACCGCAUUAAAAUUGACACUCUUCUGCACCAUAGAUGUACAAGCCAAAUGCAUUUUAGCUCCUGUUCGAUGAUACAUCUACUACAAACUCAAGUGCAAUAUUGAUGUUGUAUUUUAUGCAAAUGUAAUAGUCGAGAGUGGUACCGAAGUAUUACAAAAUCUUAUACUUUAUUAAGAACAACUUGCCAGCCAAUUAUAAUUCGAAGGGAACAGAUCAAUGCAACCAUUCAAGCUAUGGCUCCCUUGAAAAUCCUUCAUUGAUGAUUGGUCCAUCAUGUCAGCCCUGCUGCCCCUGUCCUCAUACAACCUGCAGGGUGAAAGGGCGCCACCUAUGUUGUGUUUUGAUUCCACCUGUCUUGUACAUAUGAGCUCGGAGACUCCAGUUGUCACAGAUUUAUCAGAGAUUGGUAUCUUCGUAACUCUCAUCUUAAU